GGGCCGGGCAGAUGCCAACAUGGCAGCGGUUGGAGCUGGAGGUUCCACCGCGGCGGCAGGGCAAGGGGCGGUCUCCGCGGGGGCGUUGGAGCCUGGGGCCGCGAGUGCGGCUCACCGGCGCCUCAAGUACAUAUCCCUAGCUGUGUUGGUGGUCCAGAAUGCCUCCCUCAUCCUCAGCAUCCGCUACGCCCGCACACUGCCUGGGGACCGCUUCUUUGCCACCACUGCUGUGGUCAUGGCGGAAGUGCUCAAAGGUCUCACCUGCCUGCUGCUGCUGUUCGCACAGAAGAGGGGUAACGUGAAGCACCUGGUUCUCUUCCUCCAUGAGGCUGUCCUGGUGCAGUAUGUAGACACGCUCAAGCUCGCAGUGCCCUCUCUCAUUUAUACCUUGCAGAAUAACCUCCAGUAUGUUGCCAUCUCCAACCUGCCAGCUGCCACUUUUCAGGUGACGUACCAGCUGAAGAUCCUGACCACAGCACUGUUCUCCGUGCUCAUGCUGAACCGCAGCCUUUCCCGGCUGCAGUGGGCCUCCCUGCUGCUCCUCUUCACUGGCGUCGCAAUUGUCCAGGCCCAGCAAGCCGGUGGGGGAGGCCCGCGGCCCCUGGAUCAGAACCCUGGAGCAGGCCUAGCAGCUGUUGUGGCCUCCUGUCUCUCCUCAGGCUUCGCAGGUGUCUACUUUGAGAAGAUCCUCAAAGGCAGCUCGGGCUCCGUGUGGCUACGCAACCUGCAGCUGGGCCUCUUUGGCACAGCACUGGGCCUGGUGGGGCUCUGGUGGGCUGAGGGCUCUGCUGUGGCCCACCGUGGCUUUUUUUUUGGGUACACUCCUGCUGUCUGGGGUGUGGUGCUCAACCAGGCCUUUGGUGGGCUACUAGUGGCUGUCGUUGUCAAGUACGCUGACAACAUCCUCAAGGGCUUCGCCACCUCCCUGUCCAUUGUGCUGUCCACUGUUGCCUCCAUUCGCCUCUUUGGCUUCCACGUGGACCCAUUAUUUGCCCUUGGCGCUGGGCUCGUCAUUGCUGCCGUCUACCUCUACAGCCUUCCCCGAGGUGCAGCCAAAGCCAUAGCUUCUUCCUCUGCCUCCGCCUCUGGGCCCUGCAUUCACCAGCAGCCUGCAGGGCAGCCACCGCCACCUCAGCUGUCUUCCCAUCACGGAGACCUGGUCACGGAGCCCUUUCUGCCAAAGUUGCUCACCAAGGUGAAGGGUUCCUAGCUGCUGGGAUUGAAGACGUUGCCCUGGCCUCGUUCUCCCUUCUUGCCCUGGCCCAGCUGGGAUCAAAUUAAUCAGUAUUAGGGGU